AUGUUACUUCUUAAGAGAUUUAUUGUUUGGGUUAUAUUGUUAGGGUUUACCGCCUUCCAAUUUAUGCUCUACAUGCCAAGUUUUACAUGUACAUUCUCCCCUCUAGCAUCUUUUUGUUCCCCACAGUUCAAAUUUGCAAUUGUGGGUAGUUCAUCCAUUACAAGAGAGUUUAUUGGCAGUAUUCGUCAAUUUCUCAAACUUUUGUCUUAUCUAACUUUGGAUAUGGGGUGGUCCAAUGAAUUAAUGGAUUCAAAGAUAUAUGAUGACUCCAACCUAGUUGAUACUUUUGAGUCUACGAAUAUUUACAAGGUUAACUAUUUUGGUUAUUGUAAAUCAACUAUUGACAAGAAUAUUUACUGUUCUGCUAAUGGAGAUGCUGGAAUGGAUGUAAUGGGAAUUUUAGUUAGAGAUAUUGGAAUCCAACUGGGGCAAUUAUCGACUAUUCACGAAAACGCAACGAAGACAAUGGGAGAAUCAAUGCUUUUUAUGUACCACUUAACUUUAACCUCAAUGAAAGAAUUUUUAAGAAAUGAUCGUAAACGAGAAAAUGGGUUACUUAAAAUUCUUAUUGGUGAUUUGGAGGAAAAUGUUAAUGAGGAUGGAUCAAAAACAUCAAAACAUUCCAAGUAUAAUAAAGGGGUUAAUAUUGCUUACGGUUUAAUGCUUUUCAAUGAUUAUUUCUUUUGGGUGUUUGUUGGGGAAAUUAUUAUAAGUUUUCUAUGCCUAGGAAUUGUUGGUUCACUUGGUAUUUCCCUUUUGUGGGGCAAGAAUCAUCAAAUUAUUCCUUUCUUUUUAAAGCUAUCAAGUUCAAUCCUAAUAGUUACAUCUUCCUGCACUUUCCUAGCUAACCUGAUCUAUUUUUUAGUUUUGAAAACAUUAGAACCAAGUCAAAAUACCACCGAAAGUUACACAGACUGGGAAUUACUCCAAGUUUCCAUUGGUAGUGGAUUCAUUAUAGGAUGUGUUAGAUAUUUAGUGCAGUGGAUGUUCUUACCAAUCACAUUUCUAGCCGCCAAGCACUACAGCCUAAAAAAGCAAGAUAUAUUUAAAGCAGAUAGGUUAUUGGAUGAAGAAAACAAAAUUUGA